AUGGCGCCCGCAGCGACUGCCAAGUACGACUGGAUUCUCGCCCUCACCACCAUUGCGUUCGUCUUCUCCGCCUUUGGUAACGGAGCGAACGAUGUUGCCAACGCAUACGCCACUUCGGUGGCCGCCAGGACCCUUACCAUGGUGCAGGUCGGUUUCCUGGCAACUUGUACGGAGUUUUUAGGUGCCGUGGCUCUUGGGUCUCGUGUCACCGACACCAUCAAGAACGGCAUCUUCAACAUUGAGCGGUUCGACGGCAACCCAGGCGCGUUGAUGCUGGCCAUGGGCUGCGCUGAGGUUGGCAAUGCUGUGUGGCUCCUCACUGCCACACGUCUCGGAUUCCCCGUCUCCACGACGCAGACCGUUGUUGGCUCCUUGAUCGGUGUCGGCUUUGCUUCGCAGGCCGCCAUCACCUGGCGCUGGACCAGUGGCAGCAUCUCGCAGAUUGCUUCAUCGUGGGCUAUUGCGCCUUUGCUCGCCGGUUGUUUCUCUGCUAUCCUCUUCGCCACGCUGAAGUACUCCGUCCUUGAGCGCAAGGACAGCUUCAAAUGGGCCAUGCGCAUGAUCCCAUGGUACUUGGGCAUGACGCUCGGCAUCUUGACCUUGUUCAUCGUCAUCGAGGUGCCAAACGGACCAGACAUCGACACCGAGCAAGGAACCAUCGCCGGUGUCAUUCUUGCCGUCUUCUUUGGCGUUACCAUCAUCGGCUACGUCUUCUUUAUCCCCUUCUUCAAAGCCAAGCUGGUUCGCGAGGACCCCCGGAUCCGCCCCUGGCACAUUCCCUUGGGCCCGCUGCUCCUUAGGGAGAACCCACCGCUCUACUUCCCAGGCAAGGGUGAUGAGUUUGUCACCAACUACUACGAGGAUGCAUACGGCGAGGUUCACGCCGGCAAGAAGGACGAGGAGAAGCGGUUCAACGGCUCCCCGAACGACACCCCAGAGACUUCUCUUCGCGACGUCAAAGAGGCUGAUGGUACUCUUCGACCCAACGAUGAGCACGUCAUCGCCGCCUCCGAGAACACCCCAGCAAUGCGGGAGCGCAAGAGGAAGUACCUGCCACCGCGCGAGCGCUUCAUCGGCCCCGUUGAGCACCUCUCGUGGGGCAAUCCAAGGAAGUGGUUCGGCUACUUCAAGUAUUUCCUCCUCCACGGCGUGACCAUCGACGCUGUGACCCAUGACUCCGACCUCCUCCGCGCUGUCCACGCAAAGGCCCACAAAUACGACGUCCGCGUCGAGCACAUGUGGACCUACUGCCAAGUCGUCUCGGCCAUGAUGAUGUCCAUCGCCCACGGCUCCAACGACGUCGCCAACGCCGUCGGCCCCUGGGCCGCCGUCUACCAGACCUUCCGCGCCGGUGUCGUGAGCACUGAGUCGCCCACUCCAGUCUGGUUCCUCGUCGUCGCCGGUCUUCUGCUCGGCCUGGGUUUCUGGUUCUUCGGCUACCACAUCGUCCGCGCGCUCGGCAACAAGAUCACGCAGAUGAGCCCUACGCGUGGUUUCGCCAUCGAGUUGGGUGCUGCUAUCACCGUGCUACUGGCUUCGCGUCUCGGGCUGCCGGUGUCGACUACUCAGUGCUUGACUGGUGCUGCGCUGGGUGUGGCGUUGAUGAACUACGACCUCGGGGCUGUCAACUGGCGCCAGAUGGCGUACAUCUUCUGCGGAUGGGUGUUGACGCUGCCGUGUGCCGGUCUGAUCUCCGGGAUCAUUCUGCUGUUGGCCCUGAACACGCCGCACUUUUAA